CGCGGGCGGAGCGGGGCGCGCGCGGGGAGGGGCGGUGGGCGUCCGAGCCGGGGGCUGGGGGCGGCCCCGGAGCCAUGGCCUGCUCCAUUGUCCAGUUCUGCUCCUUCCAGGACCUCCAGGCCGCCCGGGACUUCCUCUUCCCUCACCUGCGGGAGGAGACCCCCAGCGGCGCCCUGCGGAGGGACCCCAGUAAAUCGAAUUGGGAAGAUGAUGGCUGGGGAGCAUGGGAAGAAACAGAACCCCAGGAACCUGAAGAAGAAGGAAAUGCCUCCAAAACACAAAAAACUUCCUGGCUUCAAGAUUGUGUUUUGUCAUUAUCGCCAACCAACGAUCUUAUGGUCAUAGCUCGGGAACAGAAAGCUGUAUUUCUCGUGCCAAAAUGGAAACAUAGUGAUAAAGGAAAGGAAGAAAUGCAAUUUGCUGUUGGUUGGAGUGGUUCUUUAAAUGUUGAAGACGGGGAAUGUGUCACCAGCGCUCUCUGUAUCCCGCUAGCCAGCCAGAAGAGGAGCUCCACGGGGCGCCCUGACUGGACCUGCAUCGUGGUGGGCUUCACCUCAGGCUACGUGCGCUUCUACACUGAGAGCGGCGUGCUCCUGCUGGCGCAGCUGCUGAAUGAGGACCCAGUGCUGCAGCUCAAGUGCAGGACCUACGAGAUCCCACGGCACCCCGGCGUCACCGAGCAGAAUGAAGAGCUGAGUAUCUUAUACCCAGCUGCCAUUGUGACUAUUGAUGGAUUUAGCCUUUUUCAGUCUCUCCGUGCUUGUCGGAAUCAGGUAGCAAAAGCUGCAGCAUCAGGCAAUGAGAAUAUCCAACCACCACCAUUAGCUUAUAAGAAAUGGGGACUACAAGAUGUCGAUACUAUUGUUGACCAUGCUAGUAUUGGUAUUAUGACUCUGACCCCUUUUGAUCAAAUGAAGACUGCUUCCAACAUCGGUGGCUAUAAUGCAGCCAUCAAGAAUAGCCUGCCCGCCAUGUCUCAGUAUAUCACCGUCGGCUCCAACCCAUUCACGGGCUUCUUCUAUGCCUUAGAGGGCAGCACACAGCCUCUGCUGUCUCACGUGGCACUCGCCGUUGCAAGCAAACUCACUUCUGCUCUGUUUAAUGCUGCCAGUGGUUGGCUUGGCUGGAAGAGUAAGCACGAAGAAGAAACCUUUCAGAAGCAGAAACCCAAGGUGGAACCAGCCACCCCGUUAGCUGUGAGGUUUGGGCUUCCUGAUUCGAGACGCCUCGGUGAAAGUAUCUGUUUGUCUCCCUGUAACACACUGGCAGCAGUAACAGAUGAUUUUGGCAGAGUUAUUUUAUUAGACGUAUCCCGAGGGAUUGCAAUACGCAUGUGGAAAGGGUACCGAGAUGCCCAGGUGGGCUGGAUCCAGGUUGUGGAGGACCUGCACGAGAGAGUGCCCGACAGAGCUGACCUCUCCCCCUUCGGGAGUACCCAGGGCCCAAGUCGCGUGGCCCAGUUUCUUGUCAUCUACGCCCCGCGGCGGGGGAUUCUGGAAGUGUGGAACACACAGCAGGGGCCCCGGGUUGGCGCCUUCAACGUGGGGAAGCACUGCAGGCUUCUGUAUCCUGGCUACAAAAUCAUGGGCUUAAAUAACGUUACCAGCCAGAGUUGGCAGCCUCAGACACACCAGAUCUGUCUGGUGGACCCAGUGUGUGGGAGUGUGAAGACCGUGAUCGUCCCUUUCCACUUAGCCCUGAGUGAUAAGAAGAGUGAGCGCGCGAAGGACAUGCACUUAGUGAAGAAACUUGCGGCCUUGCUGAAAGCAAAAUCUCCCAAUCUUGAUUUGGUUGAAAAAGAAAUAAAGGAAUUGAUUCUUGAUAUUAAGUAUCCUGCAACCAAAAAACAGGCUCUGGAAAGCAUUUUGGCGAGUGAUCGUUUACUGUUUUCCUGUCUAAGAAAUAUCACUCAGACUUUAAUGGACACAUUUAAAAACCAAGAGCUGGAGUCUGUUGAUGAAGGAUUGCUACAAUUUUGUGACAGUAAGCUGAAAUUGCUCCAUCUUUAUGAGUCUGUAAAUCAAUUAAAUUCCCUUGAGUUUCAUUCAGACACACCAUUUUCUGAUAAUGACUUGGCAGCGUUACUAAGGCUUGAUGAGAAAGAACUGUUCAAGCUCCAGGCAUUAUUGGAGAAAUACAAGCGAGAGAACACCAGGACCACGGUUCGGUUUUCUGAUCAUGUGGAUGGCACAUUGCCUGCCAAAACAUUCCUGGAAUACUUGGAGUAUGAGAAAGAUGUUGUCAGCGUGAAGAAGAUAAGUGAAGAGGAGUAUGUGGCCUUAGGCAGUUUCUUCUUCUGGAAGUGCUUGCAUGGGGAGACCUCCACGGAGGACAUGUGCCGGACCCUGGAGGCGGCGGGGCUCAGCCCGCAGCUGUUGCUGUCUCUGCUCCUGAGUGUCUGGCUUUCGAAGGAAAAGGACAUUUUGGAUCAGCCGCAGUCUGUGUGCUGUCUUCACACGAUGCUGUCCCUCCUGAGCAAGAUGAAAGUGGCCAUCGAUGAGGGCUGGGACUCCCAGUCUGUGUCCCCGUGGUGGCAGCAGAUGCGGGCCGCUUGUGUCCAGUCUGAGAACAAUGGGGCCGCCCUGCUGUCAGCACACGUGGGACACGCCGUGGCCGCCCAGCUGUCCAGCAGCGGUUCUGAGAAGAAGGCUGCUGCGAGCACCGACUCGGAGGGUCUCACCGACUCAUGGGAGGCGCUGUCCCUGGACUCCGAGUAUUGGAAGCUGCUGCUGCGGCAGCUGGAAGACUGCCUCCUCCUGCAGACGCUGCUGCUCAGCCGGGCCGGCGCGCGGCCCCGCGGCUCCUCCCUGCAGGCCGAGCCGCUGCCCAGGCUCUCGGUGAAGAAGUUACUGGAGGGAGGGAAAGGCGGUAUUGCAGAUACCGUCGCCAAGUGGAUAUUUAAGCAGGACCUCAACCCUGACGUCUUAAAACUGGCCAGUAAGGACACAGAAAACCCAGAUGAAGCCCAAGAGGUUUCAAGAGGUGUCUCUGAGACGUCAGAGGGGGAGACAGACCUGGUCGGCACCCCAGAGCUGCUGUGCCUGGCCUACGAGCAGUUUCCCUGCAGCCUGGAGCCCGACGUGCUGCAUGCGCACUGCUGCUGGGAGUACGUGGUCCAGUGGAACAAGGACCCGGAGGAAGCACGUUUUUUUGUUAGAUCCAUAGAACAUUUGAAGCACAUUCUUAAUGCACACGUUCAGAAUGGCAUCGCGUUGAUGAUGUGGAACACGUUCCUGGUUAAGAGGUUUUCCGCUGCUGCCUACUUGAUGGAUAAGGUUGGAAAAGCACCAAAGGACAGGCUGUGCCGGAGGGACGUGGGGAUGAGUGACACGGCCCUGACGUCCUUCCUCGGCUCAUGCCUGGACCUUCUGCAGACCCUGAUGGAGGCCGACGUGAGCCGGGACGAAAUGCAGGUGCCGGUCCUGGACACAGAGGAUGCGUGGCUCGCCGUGGAGGGCCCCGUGUCCAUCGUGGAGCUGGCCUUGGAGCAGAAGCCUGUCCACUACCUGCUGGUGGAGCACCACUCGGUGCUCUGCUCCCUCCUGCUCGCCGUGGCCAGGUUUGCACUCAAGGCCGUGAAGCCCCUGGCGCUCUUCGACAGUAAGGGGAAGAAUGCUUUUUUCAAAGACCUAACUUCCAUUCAGUUGUUACCUAGUGGAGAAAUGGAUCCCAACAUUAUUUCAGCACGACAGCAGUUCCUGCUGAAGUUGGUCAGCGCCGCAGUCCAGGCCCAGCACUCAGUCAGGAGAGACAGGAGCUCCCCUGAAGAGGCCCCCGCAGCCCCCCUCGGCAGGGACCCAGAUUGGCCAGCGCUGGCCAUGGACUUGGCCCUCCACCUGCAAGUGAAUGAGGAUGUGGUGCGGCGGCACUACGUGGGGGAGCUGUACAGCCACGGCGCCGACCAGCUGGGCGAGGAGGCUAUGCUCCAGGUCCAUGACAAGGAGGUGCUGGCCUCGCAGCUGUUGGUGCUGACGGGCCAGAGGCUGGCACACGCGCUGCUGCACUCGCAGACGCGGGCGGGCAUGGAGCUGCUGGCCCGCCUGCCGCCCACGCUCUGCACGUGGCUCAAGGCCAUGGACCCCCAGGAUCUCCAGAACACUGAAGUGCCCAUUGCCACCACGGCGAAGCUGGUGAACAAAGUCAUCGAGCUGCUGCCGGAGCAGCAUGGGCAGUACAGCCUGGCCCUGCACCUCACGGAGGCCGUGGACGCCGUCUCCCUCCCCACCCUCUGACCCGACAGGAGCGGGUGGCGGCCGUGGCUUGGACUUAUACAGUGUGUGUGUGUAUAUUAUAUAUAUAUAUAAUAUAUAUUAUAUAUUAUAAAUAUAUAUACAUACACAGCUAUGACUGCUGUUCAGUGCAGUCCUGCCCACCUCCCACUCCUUCCUCCCGAGGACACUACGUGAACAGACAGAGCCGGGCUGCUGGCGGCCGAGGCCGCUGCCUCCUGUUUGCAGCACAGGCUUCAGUAGUUUCACUCUCCAGCGCCACCACUGCUCGGACUCGGCAGAUUCUGUUUCUGCGAGAUUCUGUAGUUCCUACUCCAACAAACCGCUCCUGUCACUGACCGUGUGUGUCCCCCACGGCGUCUCCAGCAGCAGCCCUGAGAGCCAGCAGCCCCGUCCUGCGUGAGCUGGGUGGGGGUGCCCCAAGUGCCAGCCACCUUGUGCUGUCACCGUCAGAGGACCUUGUUGUGGAGGAAUAGUGUGUCCAGGACACCACCAUAUCCACCAGACACCGCACAGAGCCCUGGCCCAGGGGAUGUGCCAAAAUCGAGCACCAGAUGGGGGCCGGAGGGACAGGAAGCAGGGAGGGAGGGUGCUGGCUUUGCAUGCAGCUGACCCAGGCUUGAUACCUGGGACCCUAUAUGGUCCCCUGAGCCCCACGAGGAGUGAUCGAUCCGGGUGCAGAGCCAGGAGUAGCCCAUGAGUAUCACCAGUGUGGCACCAAAACAAAAAGAUAAAAGUGAGCAGAGAUGCGGCAGCAGUGAAAGUCUUUCAGUUAAAAGUCAAAAUUGGCUUUAAAAAAAAAAUCCAAAACCAUAUCCGUAUUAGGCAACUGUAAAAAAUGUAUCAUCUUGUAAAGCUUAUGUUGAAAACAAAAGAGGCUAAAGGUUUUUAGUCCAGCUUUAUUUUUCUUACCGGUCUUUAGAGACAUCUCUCUGGGAUUUGGGAUCUUCGUCUGUUCUGGGGACAGGAUGGAGAUGCUGAGUGACAGGACAGCGUUAGCAAACCUACCUCAAUGUGGGUCGAGAAGCUCAGGUGCAGCGGUUGCCCACAUGCCCAGAGUGACCUCUGGGACCCCCAGUGCUGAGGGACCCAAAGCUCCCCCGAUGGUCAGUAUUGAUCCUGCAUGUCUGAGGCCCAGGGGGCGACGCAGCUGCGGCAGGGACGGCAGGACUUGGUCCUUCAGGGAUGGGAGGGAGAGCCCAGUGUGGGCGGAUCCCAGCUGGUCCUUUUGGCUGAGAUCACGUGCACACACGCACUUGGCAGUCGGGUUCAAGGCCGGAGAGCCUGGUGAGCCCGUAGUCUGAUCCGGCACCGUGGAAGGACCGUCUGCCCUUCCCCGGCCCACAUGUGGGAGCACUCAGCAAGCUCAGAGCCUCCUGCAGUUUCCCUAGGUACUUUGAUAGUGGUGAGGAGGCCAUAGAGAAACCCGAAGCCCUAGGAAUUAUUUACCAAGUCUUUGGAUUCUGUUAACACUUGGCACAUAAACAAGCUUUUCUGAAAAUGUUUGUGUGCGCCUAAACAAGCCAACCUGGUCCUUCUGGUGUGGCAGUUUAGCAAGGCCUUUGAUUCUGUCAUGCUCACUCACCAGGGGCAGGAUUCUGAGGCAGGACCAUGCGACAUGGUUAAGGAAAGCUCGGAGGGCCAGGAGGCAGCUCCGCGAGGCUGGAGCAGGAGGCUGCUGUUUGGGCCCUGGCACUUGGGGUCCCCCCAGCACCACCAGGCCACAUGGGGAGAAAAACACAGAGCACAGAAGAUCGGGGACGGCGGUCAGAGCUUGGAGCCUCUGGGUCUCAGCCCCAAUACCACACAGGCAGUUCCAUUGUACUAUACUGUCGGGGCUUUCUGAGUAAGCCUGAUGGGAAGGACAAAAAAUGCCUGUACAUCCCGCGAGGCGGAACAGUCACGGCGUCAGCACUGGACAGACCACGAGUGGGGGGGACGCCCUUUCCUGGGUGCCCUUCUGUGCAUGAAUCCCACUACAGAGCAAUGAGGGGGGUUGCCCGGUGGUCCUGACCUCCGCACUGCUGGUCCCUCGGAGUGAGAAGAGCUGAGGGACAAGGGUGCAGUGCCACCGAGUGCUUCAGGAGUUUGCAGAAACGAGGGGUGAAGAGCUUUAGCUUCAAAAGUUCCUUUAAGGUCACAAUAAAAGGUAUUGAAUUGUUUGCUUAAAAAAAAAAAAAAACAGGACCGGCUGCAAAACCAGCAAAGCUAAUGUGACAUGAAAUGUGACAGCAGCGCAUCUGAUUAUGAGCCGGUUUCGGCUCCUCAGAGCAGCAGGGACGCCUCCUCUGACCCAGAGGGCUUCAGAACUCUGUCUUCUUCAGUAGAAUCAGCCAUUCCUGAAAAAGGGACUCGAAUACUAAACUUUAUACAAAGCUCUAUCUAAUGUAAUGUAAUGUAAGUAGUGGAAUUCUGUAAAUACUGCUAUUUUCUGUCUGCUCACUGUUGUGAAUUUAUGUAUAUCAGUAAAAUUAAUUUUCAGCGUU